AUGCCGGUUUCUCGCCCGCCGCCCCAACCGCGCACCGCGAGUCGCCUGAGCACCGCCCUCGCUGCCUUGCGCCAGCAGGAGGAGCAGGAGCACCUGCUGGGCGGCGACGACGAGGAAGAGCGCGUCGGCCCCCAGGAACGCGGCGACGCCCAGGAGGAGAUUUUUGCCGCCGACCCGCACAAGGACCUGCCCGUCUACCGCACCAUUCAUCGUAUCCGCCGCCUGAUUCUCGCGAGCAUAGAUGAUCCCUACACGUCGUCUGCCCUGCGGGACCCACGCAUGAAUGCCCUGAUUGUACGACCUCUCGUUGAACGCCUAUACGACCCCAAAGACUGCUCUGUUGUUUACUGUUUGCUCGUCAACCGAGUACAAUUCCUCCACGAACAAAAUUAUCACAAACACCACCACCAAACUGUCAAUGGCACACGAGCUAUCCUCUGCGAGAUUGUCGCCAGCAAGAUUCUGCGUCGUUUCGAUGAAGAGCACCCUGGUCGCCCCGGCCUGUUGCUACUAUCCAACAUCCUCGUCGCUGGAUUCGACCCAUUCCAAAAUGCUCCAGAUGAGGUCAUUGAGGAGAGCAGCAAUGUUUUUGACUGGCUUAUACAAGAGCGUGGAGGUUAUGAAGGCAAGUUCACGGCCUUGGAGAUCGCCAUCCUUUCCGAGAGCAAGCAUUUCUUGAGCGGCGCAGCCUGCUCCAAGGUCGUCGACGCUGUGUACCGCGGAAGAGUCGUUUACACGCCAAUUGCGUUCCUCGACAUCAUUCCGGACCAUUACAAACACAAGCCCGUCAGACUAUACAAUCCACGCCGGGCACCGAUUCUCAACCACUACCGUUUGAUAGUCCCUCGUACCAGAAACAUCAUCGACAUCUGCCAAUUCCUCAUUCUCAUAGCCCUGUACGCGAUAACGAUGACCACCCGAGAUCACACGCAAUGGACCUUUUGGGAGCUGGUCUUCGCCAUCUAUGCAGCUGGAUGGUGCCUAGAUGAAACGGCAACAAUUCUGGAGCACGGCUGGAAGGUGUACUCGCAAAAUUUAUGGUCUUUCCUGGACAUCACCUUUGUCGUCAUAUACACAGCCUACAUUUCCCUCCGCCUGCACGGCUGGAGGCACGAUAACCUGGAGCUCGGACGGCAGGCUUUGGACAUACUUUCCGUGGCCGCGCCCAUCCUUUUGCCACGGCUGGCUUUCAACAUGAUGCCGGAGAAUAUGCUCAUGAUAUCCCUCCGGGCCAUGAUGGGCCACUUCGUAUUGCUCACCCUGAUUGCCGUCUGGCUCUUUGCCGGCUUCCUCUUGGCAUUGAGAUGGCUCAGCUUUGGACGCGUCGGCCCCGACGGUGAAUUAGACCCUGACAGCCCCGACCCAAUCACCAUAGCGAAGUGGAUGCUAUUUAUUUGGUUCGGACUUGACGGCACGGGAGUUCAAGAGGCACCAUCCUUCCACACAGUCUUGGGACCCGCUCUGAUGGUUACUUUCGCUUUCCUCGGAAAUACCCUCUUCUUGACCAUUCUUGUGGCUAUACUUAGUGACACUUUCUCCAAAGUUGCUAACGACGCAAACGCUGAGGUUCAAUUCCGACGCGCAGUCUUGACAUUCGAAGGAGUCAAGAGCGACUCUCUCUUCGCGUACCGACCUCCCUUCAAUGUGCUCGCGCUCAUUGUCCUGGUGCCGCUCAAGUUCGUCGUGUCGCCAAGAUGGUUCCACAAGAUCAACGUUGCAGCGGUGCGUAUUCUCAAUGCACCCAUCUUGCUCGCCAUCACGCUGUACGAGCGCCGUCGUCUGUGGAAGUCGAAGCGGCGCAUGGCUGGAGCGAUCAACAAGCGCCGCAAGUUCACCAUCUGGAACUGGUCACGCUUCAGCGUGCAUGGCGAUAUCCAGGCCUGCUUUGAGACGGAAGUGCCGAAGAGUGUGCUGGACGACAUUGUCCAGCAAGACGAAAUUGACGAGGAUAUUGCUUGGGGUAACGGGCAUGGACUGGCCGGCGCCUUUAGGGGCAGAGAUGCGAGUCCGCAGCUCGCCGACCAGUGGCGGUUUCAGGACGAUCCACCCCCGACAUACCCGAUUACCAUGGCGCCGGGACCGGACUGGUACGCAACGAGCUUGUUCUGCGCGUCCAUGAGUCAAAUCCACGACCGGCAGAUGAAGGAUUGGCAGCAGAAGGAGCAGAAUCGUGAUCAAGCAAAGCUCCUCGUUCGGCCCGUUCACCCCCGUUGCUUUGCAGUAGGCUGUCUCAACAUCUUCUUGCGGUCGGCACAGGCUGAGCAGCAUACUUUCCCCUAG